AUGCCUUUUAAAUAUACUCCAGCUGUCGAGGGCAAAGAGGUCAAGCCUCCCCAGAUCCCUUCUCCAGGCAACAACUCUUUCUUGGGUGACAUCUUCACUUCUGACGCACCCUCUGAUAAGCAGAUCUCGUGCGGUUUCUACAAACAAGAGAAGGGUGAGCCUUUGGAGUACCACUACGACUAUGACGAAAUGAAGAUUAUCUUGGAGGUGAAAGGCGAAUACACCAUUGCUGACGAGACUGGAAACAAGGUAUCUGUUUCGCCUGGUGACGUCUUUUACUUCCCCAAGGGCACCACCAUCACUUUCCAGACCACCGGCUAUGGAUAUGCAUUUUUCUGUGGCUUGAGACCAAACGGCACUGCCUAA